CACACAAAACUCAAACAAAUCGAACUAAAAAGGUGAUAUUCGUAAUCAGCACAAAAUUCUGCAUCGGAUGAUGUGUCUUUCAAGGAAAAAUGAAGAGUGCUUGAUUUUUGAAUUAGCGGCACCUUACAAAAUUAAAUUAAAUGAAAACGUACAAACGAUACCAACAAUAGGUAAUUAUUCGAUAAAAUUCUUAUUACAGUAAUAAUAAUGCAUAGUCUAUCAAUUGAUACAAGAAGAACUAUUACUAGAUUUUUUAUGAAUUUUAUAUUUAAAACUAUACAAUUAAAUUAUUUUCUCUUUUUCUUAUAAUGGAUUUGUGUGUUAAUUAGUAUAUUGAGUCAUUGUGUCUAUGUUUAUUUAUGAUUUGUCUCUUCUUCUUCUUCAAAGGUUUUAAUGUGGAAACAGUCUCACCAGCUCCUGGUAUAUCAUUCACUGUGUGGGAUGUUGGUGGACAAGAUAAAAUUCGCCCACUAUGGAUGCAUUAUUUUCAAGGUACACAUGGUCUAUUGUACGUUAUAGAUAGUAAUGAUCGCGAACGAAUACAGGAAGCAAGAGACGAACUAUUUGGAAUAAUAAAUAAUGAAAAUAUGUCAAACGUACCAUUUGUAAUUAUUGCCAAUAAAUCUGAUUUACCAACAGCAUUAAAUUGUUCAGAAUUAAUUGAAGAAUUAAAUCUACAUUCAGUAUCGAAACGUCGAUGGUAUAUUCAAUCAGCAUGUGCCAUAAAUGGAGAUGGUAUAUGCGAAGCGAUGCAACAAAUGGCAAAAAUGAUCAAAGAUCAACGAAAAUACACUUAA